AUGGCGGAAGAAAGACGGCUGGGAUCAGAUGGUUUACCGGGAGUUCAAGACAAUCCUGGUGGAGUCUAUGUUGCGGACGAUAAUCCCGGAGGAGUCCACAUCGUGGACAACAAUAAUCCCGGAGGAGUCUACGUAGUUGAUGAUAAUCCCGGAGGAGUCUACGUAGUUGACGAUAAUCCCGGAGGAGUCUACGUGGUUGACGAUAAUCCCGGAGGAGUCUACGUAGUUGACGAUAAUCCCGGAGGAGUCCACAUCGUUGACGACAAUCCCGGAGGAGUUCACAUCGUAGAUAAUACCGAAAGGGCGAUUAAUAUCGUAGAAUAA